AUGACCAACAAGCAGAGCCAAGCCAUCCGAGAGCACCGGGCAGAAACAGAAAAGGUUUGGGAANGCCAGGGCCUCAUGACCAACAAGCAGAGCCAAGCCAUCCGAGAGCACCGGGCAGAAACAGAAAAGAUACCCGACAAAGUAGAUGCACUCAUGAAAUGGGAAAAGGAGGAAUUUACAAAACUGAAAAUCAAACUGCAGGAACUGAUGGCCUGGUCAGGAGAUCACCUUAAGGUAAGGAAUUAAACAGGUGAAGAAAUCAACACCUUGUGUGGUGAACGCGGCCGUGUGCUCGACCUGGUGCCCCAGCCUCUGCGCAUGGUUCUCUUAGGGGCCGGGCGUGAUUCCUGGCUUGGCCUGGACCGGCCCUCCUCCCCCUGGGUGGAGCGAAAUGAAACCCCAAUUCCAAACCCCGUGGGAGCAUUCACACCAGAGUGUGCAGGGGCUUUAGAAGAUGCCCGGCGUCUUACUGUUCUCACCAAGGAAGUGAUGCUUCAGUUACAAAAAGCUAUCAGAGAGGCACAAGACACCCGUAAUACUGUGCACGAAGCCGUUGAGAACAGAUUGCAAGGCAAGAUGGAGGAGACUCUCAGUCAUAAGGAAAAAUUAGACAUAACCCUGGGAGGAACACGCAGCACUCUGCACCGCUGCCAACGUUUCCAGCACGAGAUGCGUCUCACUCGUGGAUUGACACUGGGCCCUGAGAGUAUGAAGUACCUGGAGACACGAGAAAAGCUGACACGGCCAAUGGUGCGGACAUAUCAGAGACACGUGGGAACACAGUUGCCUGAAGCUGCAGUCGUCACUCAGUCCACUGCACAGAUUGAUCGCUUCAUGGAAGAUACGGCCAUGAAUAUCCAACAUCUAAAAGCCACUCAGAAGUACUUGCAUGAAUGCAUUCACAACAAGCAGACAGGCUAUGAUGUUGACGGCAGCAUUAAACGGCUGCGGCAGCGCCGUAUGCAUCCACGCACCAACAUGAAUGAGAUUUUUCAACUGGUCUAUACCUAG